CCACGCCCGUUUGUUCGCUCUGCCUCUGUAGUAGUUUAUGUGCCUUCCUUCCUUCCCCUCACUCGCACACGCCCAUCCUCUCUCCCUCUCACCACCCCACGCCUCCAAUCUGCGCAAACAUCUUGAACCCGCCUGCCUGCUUGCCUGCCCGACGUCUGUUCUCCGCUCGGAUCCCCCUCGAAUCUUGACCAUGUGCAGUUCCUGCGAUACAAUAUAGCUCAGCCCGCCCCAUGGAUUCUGUGCCCGCUGCCAGGCCGUCUGGCUUGCCUUCUCCGCGAUCGCCAACCCUCUCUGAGAUUUCCAUGAUCCUGCCCGAGGCCAACCCGCUGCGCAGCGUCUCACCGCCGCCCUUCGUCGAAUCACCACCCUCUCCUCCCAGCUUCUACUCGCACUCGAAUCGCUCCGAACAUUCCCUCAAAUUGGCUCCCGUGCCCGAGGGCCGCCGCCCACCACCACCCUCCAACGUCCGCUCCCCACCCUUGUCCGCCCACAGCUCGCGUUCGACCUUGCGUAACAUGGAUCCACCAGUCUCGGCUGUUCAGCCGCCCGCCGUCACCACUGCUGCUGCAGACGAUACCCUGGCUUCAUCACCCACAGUCGACGAUGGACUGCUGGUCUCUGAGCCGGUCGAGCGCGACACUCCUUCACCGGGAAAAGGUAGCAGCGGAUCGAGUUCCAUUGGAAGCGUCGAUUUUGAAAAUAUGAAGAGAUGGCCAGGCUUCGAGAAUAGCGCUGCCUUUGAUGACAGCGGCGUCGACCUCGAGGGCGCAGAUGAAGGCCGUGAUCAAUUCCCUGUAGGAGGACGCGGCGGCGACGACCAGGACAACGAUCAUUGGGACAGUGACGAUCAGUACUCGUCCGACAUCUACUCCAAGCGAGCGGAAAUGAUUUUGGCCAAUGCGAAGAAGCGUUUGAAUGUCAUGGAAGGGAACUUGCGAGGCGCCCGCAAAUCUCUUGUUGUUUCGCCGACGCACAAUGGCCUCAGGAGUCCCACGGAAUUGUCCCAUCAGGUAUCCAUCAGUCGCGAACGCGACCGAAGAUUAUAUGGAGGCAUGGGCCCAAUACCCCCGCGCAAUCGACCAUACCAUUCUGCUGUUGCGCCUUCGAAUAGUAGCCCUGGUCAUAUUCGAGGCUCGAGUGAAACUUCCAUCCCACUGCCAUUCGCGUCACCCACCUAUAUGAGCAAACACCAGCCCAGCAAACGAGCGUCCAGCGCCAUGGGUGUUGCAAGUGCGCCAUGGUCUCCAGAGGGAUAUGGUACUGGGAGAUUUCCCAUUCGUGAAUCGCGGAGUUUCGAAGUCAUGCGCGACCCUAGAGGCAAUGUACCAAAUCACGACCGAGAUCAACCCUUGCGUUCACAUUCCAGGGGAUCACGUUCUCCACCCAAUGUUCUGGAGACACUCCCAGAAGACGAGUCGCCAAAUCUUCGUCGCUCGGCUUCGACAACAGAAAGUCUGCGAGACCAAAUGAAGGAUCUCAAGGGCAAAAUAUCGACUCUCAAACUGAGAGCACAGGAAGACAAUAUGCGGAGGCGCAGUAUGCAGAGCUUGCGUACCCCCAGUCCAUUCACAUCAGCCGAAACUUGGUAUUCUGAGACAGAAGCAUACAAAACUGGGUCAUCGCCAGUUGCAGCCGAUGCUGGUGUAGGCGUCACAAUGGAGUCUCCCACUAGAAAAGCUCUUUUUGAGGAUGAAGGGAGUGGUUCUACUCUGCAUAACACUCCUGCGAUCUCAGCUGUCAAUCGCCAUGAAGAGGCCAACACCAUUGAUCACGAUGAUGAGCAUGGAGUUGAUGAGGACCCGGACACGGAACAAGCAUCGUUCCACUACGACAAUGACCAACUCGGAUUUGCCCAGGUCGAGGACAAAACGCUGAAUAACAUCGAUGAUGAUGUGGAUGAUGACGAUAGCGACUUCGUCUCUGUAUACAGCCAGGACAUCGAUCCGGCAGGAUCCAGUGUUUAUGAAGACGCAGUGUAUGAGAUGCCUGUAACGGAGCGGCACGAGGAUCGGAUCGACGCCUUUGAUUACGAAAACUUCUUCCUACAUAGUGCCAUGGGCACCUACAGCUCAGGCCGCCGAGGAUCCGAUUCGGGAUCUAGCUCAGCCGAUUCUGUGGCUACUACCAGACCUGUAACCGCAAUCUUCGGAAACGAUGCACUCGUGGAGACCAAGAGGGCGUCCCUCCACGCCCGAAACUCCAGCAUGGAUUCUGUCUCCACCAUGGCGAGCUUUGCGACAGCCGCCGAGGACCAGGAAGAAGAAGAAAACGAACGCAUGGACCAAUUCUCCCAACAAAUCUUACAAACUCACCAGGCAGCGCCGGCUGCACAAACAGCAACGCAGAACAGCAUGCCCCCUCGAUCAGACUCCUUACGGAAGACGUUGCAGCCCCCUAAUUCUCCUCCCUUUCGCGACAGCUCCUCCCGCGGUUCUUCUUCGCCUGGAUCGACCAUCAUGACUGCAGGUCUGCAGACGUCGAAGAUCUUCUCCAUUCUGCUGGAAGCCCAAAGAGACGAACCCCGUCUCGCGCUCAACGAAGAGGAGAAGCAGCUGAUCUACAGUUUAGCGGCAAGCUUUCAAAGCGUCAGCGAGACUCUCCAGAGUCCAUCCACGGACGCGUACGAGCGGAAAGAGGCGCGCAGGAGGUUGGACGUGGCCCGUCGAGUCCUCAGCGGCGAAGAGCUCGAGGGCCUCCCGUUCUAA